CGGAAACACAUGAAGAUGACGAAUGAAGUUUUCUCCUUUGCCAAGGACUUCCUGGCCGGCGGCCUCGCCGCUGCCAUCACCGAGACAGCCGUAGCUCCCAUUGAGAGAGUGAAACUUCUCCUCCAGAUACAACACACCAGCAAACAGAUCACAGCCGACAAGCAGUACAAAGGCAUCGUGGACUGCGUUGUCCGCAUCCCCAAAGAGCAGGGCUUCCUUUCCUUCUGGAGAGGCAACUUAGCCAAUGUCAUCAGAUACUUUCCCACACAAGCCCUCAACUUUGCUUUCAAGGACAAGUACAAGAAGAUUUUCCUGGACGGCGUAGACAAGCACACGCAGUUCUGGAGAUACUUUGCAGGUAACCUGGCGUCCGGCGGCGCAGCGGGGGCCACGUCGCUCUGUUUUGUCUACCCACUCGACUUUGCCAGGACGCGUCUCGCUGCCGACGUGGGCAAAGCAGGGCAGGAACGCGAGUUCAAGGGCCUGGGUGACUGCUUGAUGAAGAUCUUCACGUCUGAUGGCCUCAAAGGUCUGUAUCAGGGCUUCAACGUCUCAGUGCAGGGCAUUAUCAUCUACAGAGCAGCCUACUUUGGCGUCUACGACACAGCAAAGGGCAUGCUGCCAGAUCCUGAGAACACACACGUUGUUGUGAGCUUCAUGAUCGCUCAGACCACAGCCAUUGCUGCUUUUGUGUCCUACCCCUUUGAUACCGUCCGUCGUCGUAUGAUGAUGCAGUCUGGACGCAAAGGAGCUGAUAUUAUGUACACCGGCACCCUGGACUGCUGGAGGAAGAUCGCACGUGAUGAAGGCAGAAAGGCCUUCUUCAAAGGAGCCUGGUCCAAUAUGAUCAGAGGCUUUUGCAGUGCCAUUGUGCUCGUCUUGUACGAUGAGAUUAAGAAAGUAAUCUGAGUUGAUUUUGGUCUC